GGCAUCAAAGGCAGAUAAAUUUAAGCUGAUGCCUAGGAACGUAUGGUGAGAGCUUAGACCUGACGUAAUGAAAGUAGCGGCCGACGCAAAUGGUGAUUGGGCAAGGUUUACAGAGGAGAUGCAGAGGCAUUUCAAGUUAGGGGAUGGCCUGCUCACAAAAGAAGACCUGGAAAUGUUGAGACGGGACGAGUUCUCCACGGUGGGAGCCUUUGCCACAGCAUUUGAGAAGAUGGCAAAGAAAGUCCCAGGGCUGGCAGAAGAAGAACAAUGUGCCACUUUCCUAGGGCACUUCAAGAAUUGGGAAGCCUUGUCGCUAACCAAGAAAGCUGCGCCAGGAAAAAAACUGACUUGGGGUGUCAUAAAAGAAGGCGUGCUAGAGGGAGAGUUGAACCAGGUAGACAUUUUCCAGAUGAGACAGGCUAGGAAGGAAAGGAGGACUUUGGAUACUAUCGCUAGUGAUGGGCACAACUUCAAGCUAAUGAUAGAAGAGGCUGUGGCCCAGCACGAUGCAAAGAAGGAUGCAAGAAAGAAGGUUAUGGCGGCGCCACAAGCCCAAGGGAAAGGAAAGAAGGUGGCAGUGCUAGAGGAGGAGGAAGAAGAAGAAGAGGAGCCUGAACCACAAAAGUUGACAAAGGCUCAAAGGAAGGCAAGGAACACGACUCAAGGAGGGCAAGGCUCAGGAAAAGGUCAAGCCCCACAGGCUGUGGCGAUGCCACUCCCAGAGUCGUCCGGUGGUGGACGAGGACAGAAUCAAGGAGGGGCCCGAGGGCGAGGAAAUGGUGGUCGCGGGGGAUAUGGGAGAGGAAACGCGAACAGUAACUCCCAGAGAGGAGGAAGUGACAGGUGGAACGGUGCGGNCCGAGGGCGAGGAAAUGGUGGUCGCGGGGGAUAUGGGAGAGGAAACGCGAACAGUAACUCCCAGAGAGGAGGAAGUGACAGGUGGAACGGUGCGGGGAAUCAGAGUGACCAGCAAGGCGGUGGAGGAUAUGGAAGAGGAAGGAUAGAUUGGAGAAAUGCCAUAUGUUGGCAUUGUGGCCAGAAGGGCCACACAAUUAAGUUWUGUCAGGUCCGGAAGAGUGAUGAAAAGGAUGGCCUGAUGAGUUCAAGCUAUGAUGGUGAUUUUUUCGACAUGUACGGUGAGUGCAUAGACCCGAGAAUCCCAGGGGGGAUAAAGGAAGAAGCUCUGCGGCGUGCUAAUGCCCCAGCUCCACCAGCCCCUCCGACCGCUUUCCGUAUUUGGCAAGAAGUAGAAGAUCAUCAGGGCGUGAGGAUAGAGGAGAUAAGCGAAAGUGAAGAGGUUGAGCAGAGAUUGAGGGCCGGCACCAUAAAGCAGGAACCCAUAGUGGUUGAAUCGAACGGCGAAGGAGAAGAGGAUAAUUUGGUAAGGGCAAGAGAUACGAUGGAGAAGAUGGAGGACCUGUUGGCAAAAAUCGGGAGGUACCAGGAUAAGAUGACCACUCUUUGUGAGGAAGUCAACAGGUGGAAAGGAGAGUUACCAUUAGUAUACCUCAUCGAUUCAGGUCCAGGGGCACAAGGCGGGUCUGGGAACCUGCCUGAAGUGACCGUCACGACAUCAACUCCUAGGUCUGGAAUGACCUUCAGGCCGCCGUCAAGAGCCGGAAGGGCAGCUUUGGCAGCACGCACUAGAUCGAAGGGGGCACCCGACUCCAGCCAGCCCACUCAGGACAAACCGGGACCCAGUGGCGAGAAAGAGACGGUAGAGAUUUCAGAGGAUGAGGAGGACGAGGAUGAGAAGUUGAGGAAGGAAGAGGAUAAGAAGGCUGAAGAGAGAGCCAAAAAGAGGGGCGCCAAAGCGAGCGCUGAUAAAAAGCAGGAGGGAAAGAAGAGAAAGUAUAAGGUCAGAAUGGAGGAGGGGUUCGACGUGGAAGGAAUGGUCGAUCGACUCCUUGAAGGCCAUAACGACCUAAAGAAUUUAAAAGAAAUCCUCGCCUCCGCUCCAAAAUUGAGGGACGAGCUGAAGGCUCGAUUGUCCAGAAGAUUAGUAGCAAGUGUGUGCUUGGGGACCAUUAUCCCCAAGGAAGGUGAGUGGGCUGAGACAGGCACGAAGAUGGACUGGAAGUCCGUGGCGUGCGGGUGCAUAGAAGUGAUGGUAAAGGGUAAGCUGUGCACCGCAAUGAUAGACAAGGGGGCGGAAAUGAACCUCGUCAAAGAGGAACAUGCGAUUCGUCUGGGGAUGAAGAUCGAUCGCUCCGACAAUGGGGUCCUCAUGGGGGCAAAUAGCAGGAAUCGACCCAACCCCAACUCUUUUACUAUCGAAGAGUCAGAGGAAGAAAGGAUGAGGAUGGAAGGUGGAGAGUCUGAAGGAGAUGAUCCGUCAGAGGCUUUGACACUCAGCCUGGCAAACAUAGGGGAUGCUAUGGACAUAGUAUCCACCUAUGGAAUGGAAUACCCUGUGGCAGUAGAGGCCCUCAGGGAAAAGGUGAUGGAGAGGAGAGGUGAAGGAAAUAAGAAUAGAGCAGACGGAUUGAGUCGAGUCGACUGGGACAAAAAUAAUCAAGGAGUGAUCGAGGAUACUCCGCCAGUUGAUGGAUUCCUGGACGCUGAGGAGGAUGUGAGACUUCACAUCAACUCCUGGUCGAUGGCCGUGGGUAACUACGUUACUCCUGGGCAACCUGUGUGGCUCGCGCCUCCAGGACAUGUACGAUGGCCAGACCUAGUCCUUAAGCCUUUCAUCGAAGAGGACUCGUGGGGGAUGCCAAACGUGCAGUGGAUGAUGGAUCUGGCCUUAGCAGACAAAUACCAGUUGCACGAAGACCUACUCACGAUGGAAAAUGGGGCGCAACAGGUGGAAGGGAACGAGAGGUCGAUAGGUGGGAUAUACCUCUUGGCAAACGCUCUGCUUCAAGACGAGGUGGCAAGGAUCGGGGAUCAGCGGCAAGGUGAGAAUGAGAAUGUAAUCCACGAAGGAGAGGACGACGAUUUUGAGGAGGGAGAGAUAAAAGAGGCUUUUCGCGCGGAGGAGUAUGACAGGAUAUAUCUGGAGUUAGGAAUGCUCCUUUCGUGUGAAAUGAGAGAAAGAGAUGCGUGCGAGAAAGUUCUCAAGAUGCGACCAAACUUCUUAGUAAGGGAUGACCAUCUAUUUAUGAGGAGUAAAGGAAAGACUCCAAGAAGGGUAGUCUGCGGCAUUGCUCGUCAGAUCGACGUCAUAGCUGCCCUACAUGAUGGUAAGGCAGGUGGCCAUAGGAGUAAGGAUACAACUUUCCUCAAAAUACACGAGCUAUACUAUUGGGAUGGCAUGAGACGAAUGAUCAACGAUUAUUGCAAGUCAUGUGUUCCAUGCCAGGAGCGGUCUUCCAUUAGACCUAGGGAGCCGCUUCACCCAAGGUACGUACGCGAGGUUGGGGUGGUCGUACAUUUGGACUUAUUGGCAAUGCCGCUUGGAGUAGGUGGGUACAACUUUAUCUUCGAUGCACGAGACAACCUCUCUGGUUUUGUAGAUGGCAGAGCCAUACGCACAAAAACUGGUGAGACCUUGGCUCGAUGCAUUGAGGAGUAUUACCUCCGCUACCCUUUUGUCUUCAAAUUCGUAAUGGACAGAGGGUCCGAGUUCACUUGUGCUGAGGUGAAAGAAGUGCUGAGAGAAUGGGAUAAGAUGCCAAGGGUAAGGAAGGAGCCUCUCAAGGUGGACGACGUUGUGCUGCUAUACGAUUCAUCCUUAGAGAAGCAGUGGUCGCGAAAGUUGGACAAGAGGUGGUUAGGACCAUACAGGGUCGCCAGAAGUGGAGAGCAUGGGGCAUACCAGAUUGAAGAGCUGAAUGAGACUGCUUGGAAAGAUUGGGUGUCAGGCUCGAGGUUGAAGAAGUUUGUCGCUCGAGACGAGGGGGAUGGCCAGAGGAGAGAACACAGGUCCCAAGGGCAGGAGAGACGGGAGGACCAACAUAUUGGCAGGACUCAACAGAAAGAGAAGCAGACUGCAGAGAGGACCCAAAGGGGAGGACCCUCAGAGGGACCAGAUAUACCUCCUCAACCUGCUCAGAUACCUGAGGCCACUCCUAGGCCAGGCAUGCAGCCAGAGACGUCUCAUAAGGCACAGGGUCAGGGACAGGAUGAGGAUCAGGCUGCAAGAGAGAAGGAACAGGACAAGGAAGAGAGAGCAGCAAUAGAGAGAGAAAUCAGAGUCCAAAUCAGACUCAAGAACAUGGCGGAGCUGCAUGAGAAAGUUGAGCAGGGAGAGCAGCCUGUGAUACUAGAAGACAAAGAGGGAAAUGGCUCACCCACUCAAGACGAUGAGACUCCUCUUUUCACGGAGGCUUGGGACAACUUUGAUAAGCUGUUGGAGGCAGCAGGGAGACCCAGAGAGCAGCAUCAGGAGAUCGGGGUUAAGCUGGUCUCUACAGACUUGAUUAGCCUGAAGGGCCUUAUGAAGGAGGGCUUUGCGACGACCAAGACUUCUGAUGAAAAGAUGGAGAAGAGGUUGACAAGGGUGGCGCGGGCGUCUCAUGAGCAGAAAAUGGAUUGGUAGAAAGAAAUUGGUGAUCUCAAGAAUGAGUUGGAGAGACAGGACAAGAAGAUGGAAGCCAUGAAGACUGAGGUCGAAAAGGCCUGGGCAGGCAACGAGGCCAUCAGACAGGUCAACCAGACCCUCAACAAAGUUAACGACACCCU